AAAGAAAAAAGUGAUAAAUCUGGAAAUCUUUUAUUGGAUAAAAGCGGUAAUAUGUCAAUUACUUUAGAAGAUACUAGUACUCAACAAACUACACUAAUAUCUACCGUUGAUGGAGGCUAUGCUAUAUUGAAUGCUAAUUUUACUAAUGAUGGCAGUUCAUUGUUAGCCAAACGUGGUGGGUUGUAUGCGUCCUUUAUAUCCUACAAUCUGUCACUUCCACUUAAUCAAGCACAAUUAUAUCAAGUAACACUCAACAACAUAACCUAUAAUGGACUUUAUUGUGAUUACGCUAUUCUUGCUGGAACAGUAAUAAAUGUCAAAUUAAUAAAAGAUAUCCCUAAUGUAACCGAUCUGUUCAAGCAAAGUUGGAAAAUGAAAACAAUGCCAUUUGGCGGUUAUAUAUUAGAAAAUACUGUUAAUAAUAUUCACUAUAUUUAUCCUUAUAAUGACGAAACUGACACUCAAAUUCCUUCACCGAUACAAUUUGAUACAAAUUCCCUUGAUGUAACUGCUAUUAUGAGGAAUAAUAAUACUUUUUUACUUGCUUCUCCCUAUACAAAUAAUGGUUAUUGGUCUUUACUUACUACCCAGCUGCCUAAGGUCCUUAACCGCGCUAAUGAUUAUGGUAAUAUUCAAAUAAGCGAUAUUAACCCGUCCAACGGCGCUUAUAUUGAUUCAUCAACGAACGGUCUAAAAAUUACAUUUUAUAAACCUGUUCUUUUAUCGACGGGAAAUAUCACCAUAUAUAGAGCUUCUGAUGGUAACAAGAGACAAAUAACUAUGGCAAUGAUGACUGAUCAAUGUAGUAUCAGUCCGGACGGAUUAACCGUUAGUAUAAAAGUCAUUGGAAGUACAUUUAAUGAGUAUGGUGAAAAAUAUUAUAUUCAAAUGGAUGCUAAUUUUGUCAAAGAUAAAAACUUAAGUGAACCCUUAUCAGGAAUUAAUAAAGGGAUCGAAGCUGCUAUUGGCAUAGCACAAUUUACUACAAGUGCAACAACAAGAUUUGAAGCUCUCUCUCAAGAUGACAAAACAAAAUACUUUGAUACUCUAUUAAAUGAAAUUUCUGAAAAAGUACCAGUCCGACGUGAUCGCUUAACUACGGACGGAAAUUUUCAAUAUGUUUAUUCUGGAUAUGACAGCAAUAUUAAAAAUAUUCAAUUUAGUAUCCGUAUAAAUUUAACUGAUAAAGUACAAAGAGAAAAUACUGUUCCAGGGAUCGUAAAAGAUUUAGAUAAUAUGAUUAGAUACAAGAGUAUCACUACUUUCUCUAAUGGUUUGACAAACGAUUUAGAUUCGACUUAUGGUUUUAAAACAAAAGGUGGUUUAUUGGGCGAUUAUGAAAAAGCAAUUAUUCCUUUGUUCUUGGCUGCGGCAGCAAACUCAGUGGUCUACUUAAUGUCCCAGACUGGGAAUAAAAAAGAAGCAGAGCAAUUAGGAAAAAAAGGAAACAAAGCAGAGGGAAUGGUUAAGAAUUUAAAGGAAAAGGCUGAUAAAUCCCAUAUAAAAGUGGUAGCUAAUGUAUUUUCAGGAGGGUUAUUUGUUUUCUCUCACUCUGCCUUUUCAACUACAUUUAGUUUUUCUGAUGUUAAUAGUAAACCAGAGUUCAGUUUGCCAAG